GAGGACCAUCAGCUGAUGCUCGACAGAUGUUCUGAGGCAUUCAAAGCAUUCGGACUCACCAUCAACCAAUCAAUCAAAGACUAGGUGUUGCACUAGUCUGCUCCCAAUGUUGCUGCAGUGACCCCCAGCAUCAACAUCAGCAUCAACGAUGUCACAUCGCUCAAAACCGCUACUCACCGAUAAUAAUCAACUAUUAGUGCAUCAUCGUUGUGGCCUUCAACCAGGCUCAGUGGCACUGGAGGACACCUGCAGCAUCCUAGAUACAGUAUAUGCUGUCGGCGAAGAGUGUCUGGCAGCCGACACCGACGACCGCAAUGAUCUCAACCACCGCAACCCGCCACCUGACGACAGGACAUCGCCAUCAUCAUCAGCAGCGGCAGCAGCAGCAGCCGGAGAAGUGGGGUAGGUGGCGCUGACAACCGUCGCUCGCGCUCUGCGUCACGGCGCCUGGGGGAGGGCGGGUGGGGGAAUUGUCGUUAACGACUCUUCGCCGUGGCGUGACGUCAGUCUCGGAGGACGUUGGGUGAAGCUGUUUGACAGUUGUUGUGAGCAGACGAGUGCUGGAGAGUUGUCUGUGCCCUCCUGCUGCAGUCCUGCUUGUCGUCACAGGGCAGAGGACCUGGAUGCUUGUCGUCGAUCUGGUAUCGUCUCGGGUGCGACCCCCUCGGGUUGACGACCACAGCGACAGUUUCUCAGUCGCAGACACAGCAAAGCCUUGUGAUGUUUGCGUGCAGGCGUUAAGCUCGCCUCCGAGAUGCACUUCUUCAACAAUCCGUCUCUUGACAUCAACGACGAGUGCAUCGAUGUUGCUGAUGGUGACGACAUCGCUGGCGAUCAGUGUCCUGAGGAUGGCGCGCAAUCAAAAGUCGUCGUAACUUCCGACUGGAGUUGUAGCCCCGGCGAUGAGGAGGCAUCGCCUGACGAUGUCACGCUGGUGCGCAUGCGCUACGGGCACUGUUACGCAGAUCCGGUGACGUCACGCGGAAAGAGCAUGCAGAUGCUGCGCGCGCUAGGGUUGGUGCUGCUGCCGCUGGUGUUGCUGCUGUCGCUUGCGGCCUACUGGCUGACACUCAACGUGGCCACGUCACAUGAACUCGCCAGGGUGCGAGAGCAGAUCCUGACGGCGCACAUCAUCGGCGACCUGAUCCACGCCGUUCAGGUGGAACGCGCGGAGUUCGUGUUUGCCAUGGAGACCGUCAACAUCAGCGCCCUCAACACCACCUUCGCGCGGACAGACGCCGCCGUCGCCCGCCUGUCGGACUGGCCCAGCGACUGCAGCAUUCCAGACAGACUGCAGCUGCAGGCUUCCAUACGCCAGCACAGACAGAAGGUGGGGACCAACUACACCACACACGAGGAGGUGGCCUUCUACAGCUCCAUCAACGACUGCUGCAUCCAGUACCUCAUGACCUUCGGCAACGACCUCAGCCUUGGGGUGCUGUGGCAGGAUUUCCUGGCCUACAAGACCAUCAUCAAAGCCAAGGAGUCGGCGGGCAUUUCUCUCUCAUUCGCCAUCUCCUUCUUCGAGGACGGCCGCCUGCAAGAAGACGACUUUCUUCGACUGGUUGAAAGCAAUUUCCUCGCUCAGGAGGAAAUAAAGGCUUUUCAGAUCUGCUCAACAUUCAGUAAAGACAGUUACGUGGCCACGAGGGACAAGAACGCCGCAGUCUUCGAGCAGGUGGAAGCUUACCGCAAGCUGUGGAGAACCAACUUCUACGCCAACGGCUCCAGGGAGGAAGGGGUUCGCUACCGGGUGGUGAUGUUUGAGUACCUGGAUGCACUCAGUUCCCUCAAGGUAGUCAUGCGAGAACACCUGUCUGACCAGGUGGGGCGCGCCAUCGACAACGGCUACACCCACAUUGUCGUCGCCGUCAUCGUUUUUGGAAUCAUCGUCGUUCUUACUCCUGUCCUCGUCUACCUGAUGCACAACUUAACCACAUCAAUCCAGAGGUACGCGUGCGACGCCUCAAAGAAGUCGCAGCAGCUGAUCGUGGAGAAGCAGCGGUCGGACACGCUGCUGUACCAGAUGUUGCCGCGGGCCGUGGCGCAGCAGCUGAAGAUGAACCGCACCGUCAACGCCGAGCACUUCGACGAGGCCACCGUCUACUUCAGCGACAUCGUCGGCUUCACCGACCUGUCGUCACGGAGCUCGCCUCUACAGGUGGGACUUCUCAACCAUCUGUACGCCUUCUUCGACAGGUGUCUGGACAUGUACGACGUGUACAAGGUGGAGACGAUUGGUGAUGCCUACAUGGUGGUGAGCGGUCUCCCCCAGCGCAACGACCACAAGCACUGCAGUGAGAUCGCCCUCAUGGCUCUGGAACUCAUGGCCGCCGUCACCAGCUUCCACAUCACUCACCUGCCGCAGGAACCGCUCCGGCUCCGCAUCGGCUUCCAUUCAGGUCCCGUGGUUGCUGGGGUGGUGGGCACCAAGAUGCCGCGCUACUGUCUCUUCGGCGACACCGUCAACACCGCCUCCCGCAUGGAGUCCACCGGACAAGCGAUGAAGAUUCAGGUGAGCAGCACUUCUCACGACCUCCUCCUGAUCUUCGGCGGCUUUAAUCUACAGAAAAGAGGAAACAUAGAAGUGAAGGGCAAAGGCUCGAUGGAGACAUUUUGGCUUCUUUCUUCACAAUAUCCAUUGCGCGGUGGACAUGUAAAGGUCAACAACCCUGUGAGCAUUGGAUGACACAACUGAUGCAGUGUGAAGUUUUCUCACUGGACUUGGGCAGAAGCCACAGAACUAUAGAUGGUCGAGGUUCAAACUGUUGAACUUUGCCAUGAACUCGAUGACCUCUCCAUGAUUAAUUCCAAGACUUUUAUAGUGCGAAGCCACCUGUAGGUGGAAGCACUUUCCCGCCAGAACCGACCAGCCAGCCAACAACAACCCGCCUAUCCUACCCUAUACCAACCCAAGAUGUGUCCUCAACAUACCCACGUGUCAAGCCAAGCAAGCAAACAAGCUGACAAGAUGAAGAGCACAAGACAGUUGAAGUAACUGGCAUUGACAAUGUGCUGUUUAUGUUUGCCAGUUGUUUACACCCACGCAACAUGUGAGGAACAUGUUUGUAAAUAUGUGAUCCAGUAGAGCGAGUUCACGCA